AAUCUUUAGAAACCCUCGUGUUCAUCGCAGGUGUUGGAUUUGAUAAACCCGCGUCUGGUCUUCCAAUUCCCGUAAUUCUCGGAAUGGCGACAGGAUUCUUUAUAGGAUAUAUUAUUUACAAAGGAUCUCAUAAGAUGUCAUUAAAUGCCUUUUUUAUUUUUUCAACGGUCUUAUUAUUAUUCAUUGCAGCAGGAUUGUUUUCUACCUCAGUACAUGAACUACAAGAAGCAACUGGUACAGAAGAAAAAGUAGUGUGGCAUUUAAAAUGUUGUAAUCCAAAAACCAAUGAAUUUUGGGCUAUAAUGAAGGUAGUAUUUGGAUGGCGUGAUAAGGCUACUCAAGGAACUACUGCUGCAUAUUUUGUUUAUUGGACUGUAGUUUUGGGUGCUAUUGGUUAUCUUUGGUACCGUGGUAGAAAAGAAUCUAAAGCAGAAGAAUUCUCUUCAAGGGAUGUAAAUGAUAAUACUGAUCAGCUUAAAACUGAUGUUUAA